GAUGGUGGCUUCCUACACUAAUCCGCCGCAAUUGUAGCAAGGCUAGCGAGGGGCGGGUAACGCUUUGCAAGAGGAAAUACAAGGUGGUACGGAGGGCGACGGUGUUGCAGCGAUGACUGCCGUGCAAGCGCGGUCCGGCAACGAGCUGCCGGUCACGCUCCCUCUCGAGUUGAGCGCCUCGAUCUUCUCAGUACUUCACCCCGGCUCCCAGCCACCGCAAGAGCCGCCACCAAUAGAGGAGCAACUGUCACAACUAUUUCCAGAUGAUACCUCUUUAUGUUUAUCGAACAUCCAGGCUGUGCAAGGAAACUUCCGCGCGCAAAUUGACCAAGAACAAGCAGAAACGGCCUUGCUCGUCAAGGAGCUGGAGGAGGAGCAGCGGGUAGCGAGGAUGUCGAAUGUCCAAGAAGGUAUUGGGGCUUUACUUGCACAGCUAUCGCUGAUUCGAGAGAAAGCAAGAGAGUCAGAGACCGUCGUACACAACAUUACACGAGACAUUCGCAGUCUCGACACUGCCAAGAAGAACGUUGUCCAGAGCAUGACCGUACUGAAGCGCCUUCAAAUGCUGGCCAGUGGGACGCAGCAGCUGGCGCGCCUCACGCAGAAUCGAAAUUAUCGCGAUGCUGCACAUGCGCUGGAAGCCGUCAAGGCUUUGCAAGACUUUUUUAAAGACUACAUGAGUAUCAUGCGAAUCGCGGAGCUAUGGAAGCAGGUGAACGAGCUUCAGCAAAAGCUUCGAGAGAUGGCUAUGGGUGACUACGAGAAGCACCUCUUGCACGACCCCACGAACAAUGUUCGCUCGACACCGCUGCCAGAUGCGGCUAUGCUCAUUGACGCAGCCGGCUCAGAAGCGACAUCGUCAUUGGUUGAUUGGUACGCCUCGCUGCAGCUGCGUGAGUACCGCCGCAUCUUCCGAGCAACAGACGAGGCAGGCCAGCUUGACAAUGUGGCCAGACGCUAUGCCUGGUUCAAGAGGGUGCUCAAGUCAUACGAAGAGGAGCAUGCAGAUGCCUUUCUUCCAGCGUGGGAUGUCGGACGCGCACUCGUGGCCCGAUUCUCUGAUGUUACCAAGGACGACCUUAAGAGUGUGCUCGUCAGAGAGCAAUCACGGCUGCAAGUUGCUACCCUGUUGGAAGCCUUCACAUCAACAAUGGACUUUGAGGCUCAACUCUCGAAGAGGUUCAACCGUCCUUUCAAGGACUUGGCGAACCCAAUCGCCCCGACGCCUUCAUCCUCUUCAGCUGCUACGAUGCCUACAAUUUCAUCUGUCUUUGACCCCUAUCUCGCCAUCUAUGUGGACGCGCAAGACAAGACUCUCGCCGAAAUGAUGAGCGCAUACCGGCGGGCAGGCCCUAUAAAUCCACGAUCUGGGUCAGGGUCGGAAGGCCACGCGUCUGCGGAUCCAGGCGAGCCAGAUCAGCACACUGUCUUGCCAUCCUCGACAGAGCUGUUCUACUUUUACCGACAGACGCUGGAGCAGUGUGCUCUGUUGAGCAAUCGGAAGCCCUUCCGCGACCUUUGCAGCGUCUUCAAAAAGUGGCUUCGCAUCUAUGCCAAUGAUGUGCUUCGCCAGAGUCUGAUUAGAAUGCCUGGUGGAGAUAGGACGCGGCUCUCGCAAGAUUCACGGCCAAACGCCCAUGAUGUCCAGAGAUGGUGCCUGGUCAUCAACACCUCCGACUAUUGCGCCACCACGUCGUUGCAGCUGGAGGAGAAGCUCCGUCAAAAGAUGCACUCUGACUUCAGGGAUGGCUUGACAUUGGAGCCAGAGCGAGAGCAGUUUCUUGGUGUCAUCUCUUCUGGCGUCAUGGUUUUGACGCGCGAGUUGGAAGAGUCCAUCGACCGAGCUUUCAACCAGAUGCUGCGACCGCCACAAGGCUGGGCAGCGCGAGAUGAGACGAUAGAAAAAUCGUCUUACAUUGAUGAUGUCGCCAGCGCAUUGGAGCAGGUCGCAGUCAUCGUGCGGCAAGACGUCGAGAACAAGCGAUAUGUCCGAAUGUGGAGCGACAAGGCGGUCGGUGUGGUCACGAGUCGCUUUGGGCUCUGCAUCGUCAAGCUCAAGCCGGUCAGCUGCAACGCAGCGCGGCAGCUGCUCGUCGACAUUGCCGAAAUUAAGACCAUGUUGCUGGAACUCCCGCGGUAUUCCCCGGAAGCAUUAAAUGGCGCCAUUGCAUCGUCCUAUGUACGCUACGUCGAAAAGGCUGUCUCCCGGAUAGUGCUGCUGCUCGAGGUUUUGGAGACGCCCGAAAGCCCAGCAGAGAGUCUGGUCAACACGUACAUUUCGCAGAUUGGCGAUCGCUCGAUGGCUAACUUCCAAAAAGUAUUGGAAUUGCGUGGCGUGCGGCGCGUAGAUCAGAACGCGCUGAUCGACCACUUUGUCAAUGCAACUGCUUCUUCGGACGAGCUAUCUGACACGUCGUUCCUCACUGCCCUUGACCUCGAAGCGUCCUUGCAGCCACUGGGCCAGGCACCACAGCCUGACGUGACCCAAGGGCUCGGUACGCCUCCAUUGGGUUCGGGUACAGGCAGCAAUGGACGCAACAGCCUGCAUCUCAACCGGCAGGGAAGCAACUCUCAGUACGACCACUUUAGAGAGUCCUCUGGCCUGCGUAGCCCUACACCGGGCGAAGCUGCGCAGGGAAACCAAGCGGGUGGUGUUGGCGGACGCGCUUUUUCCGACCUCAGGCGCUUUGGCACGCUCUUUGGCGCCGCGCUUGGAAGACGCCGAGGCGAGAUGGAUGAUACCACUUGAUGCUUGUAACGCCAAUAAGCGCCUAGUUUACAUAUCUCUGUACGAUGCGCACGAUAUCUUGCUCUGGCAAUCGGCCGCGCAGCUUCACCAGCUCUUGGGCCGACAGGCCAGCGCCGUCGAGGCUUUGCAUGUCCACAUCCAUAUCCGCCGUAGCUGACUUUGUGCUGGAACGCCCCGUCAGGAUUGAAGGUAUGCUGAGCUCGCCAGCUG